AUGUAGUUAUGAGGAAUAGUUUAUAAGUGUGUGAUUUUUGGGGUAUUAUGCUAAUGAGGGGUUUAGGACGAUAGAUAUAGGCCUUAAUGUAUAGGUAGAUACUUUGUCACAAUAACUUUCGUGAGUUAGAUUCAUAAUUGUUUAAUAUAAUUUUAUUGGCGGUAUUCAUCGGGAUCGUCCAACUAGUUUUGGACUAAAUUGGAGUCCUAAAUCGUGACGUGACUAUUUUAAUUGGCUUAAAAUAAAUCCCAAAAAUAAUAGUUUUCUAAAUCAUGGAAACUCGAUUAGAUAAAUCCUUAAAACGGAAAUACUAAUUGUCGUUGCUAUCAAGUCUUAUAAAGCGAAAUCGUAAUCAAAACGUUUAAGUAAAUCACAGGUUUGAUAAAUUAAUGUUAUUCCCAAUACAAGGUCCGAACAUAAUCCUAGCGUAAUAUAAUUACAGAGACAGUUAUCAAGUUAUCUUGUAAAUAAUACACAAACGCAGCCUAUCGAGGCGGACCCAAUCUGGAGCAUGACGUGGCACCUACAAAAUGCGGUCAUUCAGAUUUCGCUUAGGGACCGCGUGUCAUUAUAUCAGACCAGUAUUUGAAUAUAAUUAGUCACCCAGUAUUGAUAAUAAAUGAUUCGCGAUAACGUCGUUUUAUGUCAUGUUUUGCUUUAAACACAGGUAUUUAUGUUUAUAUCUGUUUUGGUUUAAGUUUUGAUGAGAUAUACGAGUAAUAUAAAUACAAAUGUGUUUCGUCGUUUGCGUAAACUUAAAGAAUGCAACUGUUCUUUUCAUAGUAUGAACUUUCCCCUUGAAAUAAAUUAUAACUUUCAAGUUCAAGAUCACCUGUCAUAAAAACUGUUAAAAGGAUGAAUGUGUUAUGUUAUACAAGUAAUAUCUGAUAAUGAUCACACUGACCGACAUCCGUCGGUGGAGCGUGCUAUCAACGAGUAGAUUACAGCGCCUAGACAUCGCACGCCACGCGCGGGCGCAACUGGAGCAAAUCGUCGCAUUAUUAACGUGUUUAACUAUAUUGCGGCAAUAAUACUAAGAACUGCCCAUUAAAGGAAAACUUUAGAUUAGUUAGAACAUUAAGAAAUAUGUUUAAGGAUGGCAAUCAUAUAAAUCAUAGCUGCAAUUGAUCGGCUUCCGAACUGAAGUCAGCUGAUAAUGCACGUCCGUGCGCAGGCCCGCGCGUCCUGCACCCGAGCCCUCGUUACAUAUUAACACACGUUUUCACUGCCCGAAGGCUGUUCUAUGAAAAUGAGGAAGCCUGAUGCAACUCUUGGUGAUUGUUGUUACAGCUAGCGCGAGCCAACACACCGAACAUUCCACAUCCGCAACUUAGGACAUGAAGGUCUAAACCAAUCGCCUAUAAAUGCCUUCAAGUUGCUCAAAGCUAAGCAGUGCGUUUUUGACAUCACGUCUGUGCGUCUCCGGCAUAAUGAAUAUCUACGUAGCGAUAUCGUGUCUCCUCGCCUUGACGGCGUCUGUCUCGGGUGACGGACUAUUAGGAGGAGGACUGGUAUACGCACCAGGCCAUGCCUCCGUAGAUUAUUAUGCCUAUCCCAGAUACGCCUUCGAGUAUGCAGUAAGAGAUCCCCACACGGGGGAUAACAAGGCGCAAUGGGAAAAACGAGACGGAGACACAGUUAAAGGGGCAUAUUCACUUGUGGAACCAGACGGCAGCAUUCGUAUAGUAGAAUAUUGGGCAGAUUCCAAAUCAGGAUUUAACGCUGUAGUGAAGCGAGUGGGGCCUAACCUGCACCCGGUGACGAUCCCGGCCUCUAUCUAUAAGGCGCCGAUCCCAGUGCUGGGUCAUGCAUCGGCCAUUGCACCCAUCUCUGUGGGACCUGUGGCCAAGCUUGGAGGCCUAGCGGGCGCUCCGCUCAUCUCAGGCCCUAUCAUCGGAGGCGCUGUAUCAACAGCAAACCUUGUGAAGGCGGCGCCUAUUCCCAUUGCGCCGAUUGCACCUGUGGUGGCACCUAUCAUUAAGCCUGCGCCCAUUGCUCCAAUUCCAGCAUACGGCUCAUACGGACCAAUUGGGCCUAUUCCUAAACCAAUUGCACCUAUAGCCCCCAUACUACCAUCAUACGCCGGGCUCCCGGGACCUAUAUACAAGGCUGGACCAGUAUACUCUGCGCCUCUUCCUGGACCGAUUUACAAAUCUGGUCCAAUAUACCCAGCGCCUCUCCCCGCCCCCAUCUACAAAGACGGACCUAUCUACCCUAAUGCUGGUUAUUCCGGCGACCUGCUACUGAAGGGAUCCCUUGGCUUGCAAGGAUACGGAGGAUACGGCGGGAUAGGUGAUGGCUACUCGAAAGGCCCGGUUGGUCCAGCUGGCCCCGGAAUCUUGAGUGAUCUUGGUCAUGGCUUACUCUCGAACCCAUGGAUAAACGCCGGCUCAUUAGGAUACGAUUACCUCGGCAAACACUAAUAUACAGUACUGUUAAAUAGUAACAUCUAAACGCCGCUGCCCAUUGCUAUUAUUUUAAUAAAUUGCCCUCAAUAUAUAAGUCCCCUUUAUAAGCUUUAAAGUAGGACAGAGUCAAGUAAUUAUUGUACAUAAGAUAUUAAUUAUUUAUGUUGUUAAUUAUAAGUCAGACUAGCACUAAUAAAGCAUAUACCACCGUGUGGUAGAAUUUUGUUGUUUUUAUUAAGCCCAUUUGAAAUAAUGGUUAAAACGCGGUAUCAGUAAUAAAUUGUUGAAUAAAAUGCCCUGUACAGGUAUCUAGUUAAUAGCAAUAUCAAUCAUACUUUAGUCAGUCUUGUAUAAUCCAGUAAAUAAAUUUACGAUUUCGUAAUACAUGUACAAUCACGAGCAAAAAGUUAUAAAUUUAAUUAAGCACCACAGUUCAACAUAAGCUGUAGUUGUUUUCUUAAUUCUUUUGCUUUAUUAAUAAUAAGCAAUGGAUUUUUUAUUAUAAUUAGUUUUAAUCAAACGGAUCUCAUCUUUUUGCUGCUUGCUUGCAUGACUGUACAUGUAAUACAAGGGUAUAGAAAAUUACAUUUGAAUAAUAGAUUCAAUUAUCAUAAGAAGAUGAUUGUCAACAUUCCAUGUUUCUCUCCAUAUAGGUACUGAAAAUGUAUUUCCUAAUUUUCAGUCUCAACUAAUUGAAGGCUUCCAGAUAUACAGGAUUUUGAUCGACUUUAAGUGUAAAUCAAACUUAAUACGAAGACUGCACAAAUAUAUGAGUUUCAUUUCUAGGGGAAUGUUCUUUUUUAUUGUAUAGUUGACAUAAGUAAUAUUAACAAAAAAGAUAAUACAUCUUGAAAUAUGAAAAACCACUAAAACAAGAUGAUUAACUGAAGUAAAAAGAAGAACAAAGAAUUAUGGAAAACAAUCUCGUAUUUUUUAAUUGUUUUAGUUAAAUAUAUAAAUUUAAAAUAGUUAAUAUCGUGGUAAUUAAUAAAAUAGUUGUUACGAAAACAGAGGCAGUAACUGUGAAGGUCAUGCACGGUUGUUCACUUGUUAACCUAGAUAUAAGUUUAUUAAAUAUACAGAAGGCGACUAGACAAUUAUUUGCAAGUAUUUCGCAAGUACGCACUUAUAUCCAACAAGUAAUAUCAGCUUUAAAAUGAAGCUUUGGAUAACUAACGACACUAAGGGUUCCAUACAAAUGCUACAAAAAAAAAGUCGGUUGGGUGACAAAAAGAAACUUGCCAAAAAAGCAAACUUAUGACCGUUAGAGAAGAUGCUUAACUUCGAUCUUCACUUUUUUGUAUAUAAGAAAAUUUCAACAGUUUAGCUACCACGGUUCAAUAGAUACAGCCUGGAGACAGACGAUUAGACAGACGGACAGCGUAGCCUUAGUAAUAAGGUUUCAUUUUUAUCCUUUGGCUACAGAAUACAAAAAAACUAGAUAUAUAUUUGGAAUACCGAAAAAAGUUCUGGACGGUUAAUAAAUCACAUACAAUUUUCUUUAAGCUGCUUUACGUGGUCUUUAUAGUCUUUUUUGACCAGGGCUUUUAGCUUUCUCUGAUAAGGAACAGUUGUUUGAGUUUUAGUUAUCUUUGCAGAACAGAUCAAGACUUAUGGCUGAGAUUUUUUUCAUAAAGUAAAUUAUGGAUAAGAAAUAGAAAAAGUCACAGAAUUGCAAAGGAAGUCCUAUUCUUUAUGGGAAACUAACUACAUAUUACCAUUGCACAAACUUUAAGAAAUAGCGUUAUUGCUUUGUAUGGUGUAUUGCUAAGACACAUCCGUUAUUACUGUACGCAACAAUUUGCGAAAAUCAACAUUGCGACGUUGAAAAAUAGUUACAUUUGUAUUAACAAUUUGCCCCGUCGUCACAAGAAAUGAAUCUAUCCAGAAAAAAACGAUAAGUAGAGUUUCAAAAUCGAUUGAGGUUGGUCAAGUCUGUGAUGGAUGGUUAAGAAGACGAGUCUUACGACGGAAGAGGACAUCAUAGCUUUAGACACGAGUUAUAAUGUAGGAAGAUAGUAAGGUAUACUCCGAAAUGACAGCAAAGGUAUGCAAUAAGACAUAAAUGUUUAGGUUAUCACGGUAACCAAGGUUCAUUUGAUAUAGCCUACUGACAGACGGGCGCACAUACAGUGGGGCCUUAGUUAUACGAAUCAAUUUUAGCCUUUGGGUGCAGAGCAAGCUCUCAAUGUUUUGUGGAUAGAAUGGAAACUGUUAGGUACAAUAAGUUAGUAUUUACUCGUACAAAAUUUAGGGCACGACAGGCUUGAAACAAUUCGAAGGGCAGUAAACCUACACUAAGAACCGCUAGGGCGUAAAAACUUGAAUUACAUUAAAAUGUGUAUGACACAAGACUAUAGUCGCAAAUAAUUUUAAAACAUAUUUUAGGUUUAAUGCAAUUAAGAUUGUUUGAACCAAUGAUAAUGAUACAAGUACAUAAAUACUACUUUGUGUCCAAAUGGAAUCAGAUCUUAAAACGAACUAAGUAUUUAUCAGAAUUCAUUUUAUACACUUUUUAAUACAUUAAUUAUCUCUUUACAUGUAAUUAAAACAUCCAUAAAUUAAUCACAGCUUACUAUCCGAAAGUAUUUAUCAAAAAUAAAAAUUUAGUUUCCAUAUCAGAAUUACCGAAA